AUGGCAGUUACAAAAGUUUUAGGACGUACAGUUUACGAUUCUCGUGGUAAUCCAACUGUUGAAGUCGACGUCACAACAGAAAAAGGUGUUUUCAGAGCUACAGUUCCAUCUGGUGCUUCGACCGGUAUUCAUGAAGCAAUUGAGUUAAGAGACGGUGACAAAAGCAAAUGGCUUGGUAAGGGUGUUACCAAGGCAGUCGGCAAUGUCAACAACAUUCUUGGCCCGGCCUUGAUCAAGGAGAACAUAGACAUUAAGGAUCAAGUGAAAGUUGAUAACUUCUUGAACUCAUUAGAUGGUACUCCUAACAAGUCUAAAUUGGGUGCUAAUGCUAUCUUGGGUGUUUCGUUAGCUGUUGCAAAGGCAGCAGCUGCUGAAAAGGGUAUUCCAUUAUAUAAGCAUGUUGCUGAUCUUAGUGGAGCAAGCCAAGAUAAAUAUGUCUUGCCAGUUCCAUUCCAAAACGUUUUGAACGGUGGAUCUCAUGCUGGUGGUGACUUGGCCUUCCAAGAAUUUAUGAUUGUUCCAAGUGGUGCCCCUACCUUUUCUGAAGCUAUGAGAAUUGGUUCCGAAGUUUACCAUCACUUAAAGACCUUGACUGUUAAGAAAUACGGCCCUAGUAGUGGUAAUGUUGGUGAUGAAGGUGGUGUUGCACCUGAUAUCUCUACUCCAGAAGAGGCAUUGGACUUGAUUGUGGCUGCAAUUGAAAAGGCUGGCUACACUGGCUUAGUUCACAUUGCUUUGGAUUCAGCUUCUUCUGAAUUCUACAAGGAUGGUAAGUACGAUUUGGAUUUCAAAAAUCCAAAUUCUGACAAAUCUAAGUGGUUGUCAGGUCCACAAUUGGCAGAUUUAUAUGUCAGUUUGAUUGAAAAAUAUCCAAUUGUUUCUGUUGAAGAUCCAUUUGCUGAGGAUGACUGGGAAGCAUGGUCACACUUCUUUACUAAGGCUAGUUCCAAGGCACAGAUUGUCGGUGAUGAUUUGACCGUCACUAAUAUCACAAGAAUCAAGACUGCAAUUGAAAAGAAGGCCGCAAAUGCCUUAUUGUUAAAGGUUAAUCAAAUAGGUACCUUAACUGAAUCAAUUUUGGCUGCUAACAUGUCCUUUGGUGCUGAUUGGGGUGUUAUGGUUUCUCAUAGAUCUGGUGAAACUGAAGAUACCACUAUUGCUGACUUGGCAGUUGGUUUAAGAUGUGGUCAAAUUAAGAGUGGUGCUCCUGCUAGAUCUGAAAGAUUAGCCAAAUUGAACCAAAUCUUGAGAAUUGAAGAAGAAUUAGGUGACAAUGCAAUUUAUGCUGGAAAGAAUUUCCACGUCGCAUCUACUUUAUAA